AUGUCGAGGAGUGAGGAGGCGCCGAAUUGUGUUUGUCCAAACUGUCCAAACUGUGAGCAGCCGCUGUCGAUCAAGGUACAAGCUCAAAGCCAGACUGCUCGUGUUUGGGAUCACGGUGACGUCGCUCUCUUAGAGCUGGAAACGGAUAUUGACACCAGUGAUGAUCUUGGAAAGCGAGUAUGCCUCGAAGCCAGGGGCUUGACACUGAAAGAGCCGAUGCUCGCUUUUGGAAUGGGAGAUGGUAAAAUUCAAAAGUUGUCUAGCGAUGAACAAGACACCUUCUGCGGUCGCGGAAAAGCCACGACUAAGGCAAAUAUCCUU